AUGGCAGACCGGCGAGCUCAGAACAAGUACUAUCCGCCUGACUGGGAUCCUUCUAAAGGCUCAAUCAAUACAUUUGUUGGACAACAUCCUCUGCGAGAUCGAGCAAGAAAACUAGAUCAAGGCAUUCUGAUCAUACGAUUCGAAUUACCGUAUAAUAUCUGGUGUGAAGGAUGCAAGAACCAUAUUGGCAUGGGUGUGAGAUACAAUGCCGAAAAGAAAAAGGUUGGGAUGUAUUACACUACGCCGAUCUGGAGUUUCCGAAUGAAGUGUCACUUGUGUGAUAAUUGGAUGGAGAUACAUACUGAUCCAAAGAAUUCGGAAUAUGUCGUCAUUUCAGGUGCAAAGAAGAAGGUGGAAGAUUGGGAUCCCGAAGAGAAUGGAACGUUGAAUUUGAAGGAUGACGAGGAAGCAAAGCGACUAGCCACAAACCCAUUCUACAAACUCGAACACGACCUAAACGACGUAACCAAAGCCAAAGAAGCACUCCCCGCCAUAACAAAGCUUCAAAUGGUGAAUGACAAGGCAUGGAGUGAUCCUUACUCCAACUCUCAAAAGCUUCGUAAACGGUUUCGCGAAGAUAAAAAGGUACAAGAAGCUAUGCAAAAGGAAUCGGAUGCUAUAAGAGAUAAACGGAACUUGUCAAUCGCCAUCCUGCCUGCAUCCGCCGAUGAUGCGAAACGAGCUAGUGAGGUUAUCUUUGGUGAGGGGCUUUUGAGGACUGCUGAAGAGAGAAAGUAUGCUAUAACGACUGGAUCCAUAUUUGGUGGUGAUACCGGGAUGGUGAGGAAGAGGAUCAAGGUCGCGGCGAGAGCUGAUCCCUUUGCCAUUAAAAAGAAAGGUGGUAGUAGCAAUAGUGUCUCAACUCCCAAACCCCUUAUAAUGUAUGGAAGCGAUAAUGACGAAGAUUGA